ACUUUCAGAGCUGGGAAGGCGGUCUCACUGAGCAGUGAGCAGGCUUCCCAUUUCAUUCCAGAGACUGGGGGAUUACUGUGGACACAGAGAUCUCCGUCUGCAACUCCAGAGGCUGCAGGAGCAGAGCAGAAGAGGGUGGAUGGGCCGAAUUGCCUCCUGCUGCUGACCUAUCUCCGGACUGACUGUGUUUCCUGUCCAGGUGUUGGAGAGCUGUUUGGAAUGGAGACCGGCGAUGCAAUCUCCCUCCUUGAACUCACUCCCUCGGGUUCCCUCACCCUCAACCUGAAGGCGAUACAGGUGCUGUCUGCCAUUACCCAGCCUGUCCUGGUGGUGGCGAUAUCGGGGCCCCCGAACACUGGCAAAUCCUACCUCAUGAACAGACUGGUCAACCGCACCAAAGGAUUCCCACUGAGAUCCGGAAAGAUGCUUCCCGGCUGGAGAACGUGGAUGUGGUGUCUCCCUCACCCUGAAAGAGCCAAUGAGUAUCUGGUUAUCCUGGACAUCGACGGAUUGGAAGGAGAGAGAAAUGAAAACACAAAACCCCAGAUAUUUGCUCUGGCUUAUGUCCUCAGCAACAUCUUCAUCUACAACAGCAAAGGGACCGUUGACCAGGAGGCUCUGGACAAACUGAACUACAUCACCAAGCUCCCCAGGUACGUUCAGGAAGGAGCUGUUGACAGUCACAGGGAGAUUUGUCCGGAGUUUCUGUGGUGUGUGCGGGACUCGGAGCUGGAACUUUGGAUGGAUGGCUUCAGGCUGGUUGCAGAUGACUACCUGAACGCCGUUCUCCUCCCGGGCCAAGGUCCCGAUGGUGUCUCCUCGGUCAGCCGCUUCCUGACGGAGAGAUUCGGCCACAGGAAGUGCUUGGAGUUCAGCCGCCCGUGUCCCGAGGCCGGUGCCCUGAGGUUGGACCAGGUCCUGGAGGGGGAGCUGGCCCGGGAUUUCCAGCUGCAGACGGAGAGGCUGAGGGGACACGUGCUGGGGGUGAGGCCGGAGAGGGGCCCAGGGGGCAGCGUGGUCAGUGGGCAGGCGUUGGCGAGGAUGGUGGAACACUGCGUGAGCCGUCUGUGCCAGGGUCAGCUCAUCGUCCUGGAGGAUCUCUACGAUGCCACGCGGCAUUCGGUGCCAACCGUGCCCCAAGGGGCAGCGACAGACAGGACCAUGCCACAGCCAACCAAGACAGUAAGGAUUGGUGUCCCGUGGAACAUGGAGAGACCCGUGUGUCUGAUUGAGAACAGCUCGGCUGGUGAACUCUCGGUUAACCGUGAGGCUGUGGAUCAGAUCCUGUCCACCAUCAGCCAGCCCGUGGUGGUGGUAGCUAUCGCUGGGCUAUACCGGACGGGCAAAUCCUAUCUCAUGAACAAACUCGCUGGCAAACAGAAAGGAUUCUCGUUGGGAUCCACCAUCCAGUCCCACACGAAGGGGAUCUGGAUGAUGUGUGUGCCUCACCCAGUCCGGCCCGAUCACUGCCUCAUCCUAUUGGACACUGAAGGCCUGGGAGAUGUGGAGAAGGGCGAUCCGACCAACGAUUCCUGGAUUUUUGCUCUCGCUGUGCUCCUGAGCAGUAUGUUGGUCUAUAACAGCAUGGGCACCAUCGACCAGUACGCAAUGGACAAGCUCCAUUAUGUCACCGAACUGACCGAGCUGAUCAAAGUGAAAGCGACAGGAGGGGAGGACGAGUCCACGGAGUUUGCUCGUUUCUUCCCAGCCUUUGUCUGGUCCGUGCGGGAUUUCACCCUGGAUUUGACCUUGGAGGGCAGGAAGGUGACGGAGGAUGGGUACCUGGAGAAUGCUCUCAAACUGAAACACGGCGCCAGUCCCAAUGUCCAGAAAUAUAACCUGCCGAGGGAGUGCAUCAGGAAUUACUUCCCCACGCGCAAGUGUUUUGUCUUCGACAGACCUGCUGAUAAAGACACCAUGAGGAACAUGGAGGAGGUUCCAGACUCCUGUCUAGAUGCUGCGUUUGUGAAUCAGGCCCAGAGAUUUGUUCAGUACGUUUACAGAACGGCACAGACCAAGACCCUGAAAGGAGGGUAUCCAGUGACUGGGCAGAUGCUGGGAGCCCUGGUGCUGACCUACGUGGACUCUAUCCGGAGUGGACACCUGCCUUGCCUUGAGAGUGCGGUGCACACACUGGCCGAUAUUGAGAACACAGCUGCAAUCCAAGAGGCAGCGCAGGCCUACGGGAAAUGGAUGGGGGAGAGGGUGACCCUCCCCACAGAGACGGUGAAGGAACUCUCGGAGAUCCAUAACCAGGUUCACCCUGAGGCUCUGCAGCUCUUCAUGAGGCGCUGUUUCAAGGAUGAAGGCCAGAGAUACCAACAGGAGUUUACGAAAGAAGUGGCUGCCAUUUACGCCGACAUUUCUGAGAAGAACAGGGAAUUGUCCACGGAUAUCUCCAACAGGAUCAUCCUGGAUCUGGGAGCUGGCAUCCAGGAGAAGAUCCGAAUCGGAUCUUACACGAAGCCAGGGGGAUACUCGGAGUAUGAGAAGGACAUGGCAGAGCUCGUGAGGAAAUACCGAGCGAAACCACGGAAAGGAGUCCAGGCUCAGCAAGUUCUUCAGGACUUCCUGGCAACGAAGCAGCAGCUCUCGGACUCCAUCCGACAGGCUGACCAGACCAUGACCACCUCACAGAAGGAGAUCCAAGCUGCAAGGGAGAGGGCAGAAGUGGCAGAACAGCAGCAGAGAGCGAAGGAAGAGGAGAAACGUGCAGCUGAGCAACGCCUGGUGGAUGAGAGGAGGGCGGCCGAGGUGAAUUUGGAUCAGCUGAAAGAGAAAGCCAAGCAGGAGCAGGCCCGACUGGUCCAGGAACACGAGAGGCUCCUGACCCAGAGGCUGCAGGAGCAGGACAAGCUGAUGAAGGAAGGGUUCCAGGGCCGGGCAGACGCUCUGCAGCGAGAGAUCGACGCUUUGAAAGUGGAGAAGAAACAGGCAGCAUCCCCUUCCUUGGUGGAUGUGGUGAUCGACACGUCCAUUCUCGCAGCUCCCGGAUUUUUCAAAGUUAUCCCAAUCGCUGCCAAAGUGGGCAAGUUUCUGUGGGACAAGUUCUGGCAGCCAAUGCAGGCCGUCUAUCCUGAUGAAGGGCAAAUGCCUGAAACGUGGAUUCUCCUGCCCCUGGGAUGCUGCCUGACUGACUGUGCUUUUCCAGCACCACCCUCUCGACAGUCACUCCUCCCAAUAUCAUGGAAAUUCCACUUUAGACAUCGAACCAGUCUGACUCAAGGUUGGGACAGACUCGAACCUCACCCCAUGAAUGCAGGGUCUGAGCUGAGGUGGGACCUUCUGUUAUAAAACCUUAUCUUGAGAUUGUGAGUGAAACAAACUCCUGGGAUUGACAUAUUAAAGAACUGAAAUCAGCAGAGCCAUUCGAAAACCUGACAGACUUCAUCUGGUUUUGUUCAAUGGACCGUUUCAGCUGCGUGACACUGUCAUCUUUUGCUGGGAGCUCUGUGUUUUGUGAUUCUGUUCCACAACCACCUGAUGAAGGGGCGUCGCUCCGAAAGUGAGUGAUUCCAGAGAAACCUGUUGGACGAGAACCUGGGGUUGGGGGAUUUUUAGUGUUGUCCCCCCCCAGUCCCACACCGGCCCCUCCACGUCAUGGUUUAGAAACUGCUGUCUCUCUCUCUCUCUGUUUUAGAAGCUGCGCUCGCUCUCUCUCUCUCUCUUUCUCUCGGUUUGGGAAUGUUUCGGAGUGUCAGUUGGGACAAUGAUGGUUUAGUUGCUCCUGGUUUUCUCACUGAUUGGGAUCGAGUUCUGUUUUGGGAAUAGAAGGUCCAUUGUGUUGAAUCCACAACCUGCUCGGAGUUUCCUGGGAACCGGGGUAUAGCGGACAGGGUCACUCUGGAGACCUGGUCAUUCCAAACGGAUCCUGCUUCACUGUGGAAUCUUUGAACUGUGUUGGUUCCACCUCAGCCUCACC